AUGGCCGCGGCCACCUCUAACCCCUACCUCCCCGGCAACGGCAUCCUGGCGGCCGGCUCCAUCGUCCACGCGGACUCAGGCGGCGGCGGCGGCGGAGGCGGCGGCAUGCAGCCGGGUAGCGUGGCCGUUACCUCGGUGGCGGGAGGCUACCGCGGCGACCCGGCGGCCAAGAUGGUCCAGAGCGACUUCAUGCCGGGCGCCAUGGCCGCCAGCAACGGCGGCCAUAUGCUGAGCCAUGCCCACCAGUGGGUGACAGCCCUGCCCCACGCCGCCGCCGCUGCCGCCGCCGCCGCCGCAGCCGCCGCCGAAGCGGGCUCGCCCUGGUCCGGCAGCCCCGUGGGCAUGACGGGCAGCCCCCAGCAGCCGCCGCCGCCGCCCGACGUCAAGGGCAGCGGCGGGCGCGACGACCUGCACUCGGGCGCGGCGCUUCACCACCGACCUCCCCACCUGGGCCCCCCGCACCAGGGGCACCCGGCGGCCUGGGGGGCGGCGGCGGCCGCCCACCUGCCCUCCAUGGCCGGCGGGCAGCAGCAGCAGCAGUCGCUCCUCUACUCGCAGCCCGGGGGCUUCACGGUGAACGGCAUGCUGAGCCCCCCCCCUGGCGGGCAGAGCCUGGUGCACCCAGGACUGGUGCGCGGCGAGACGCCGGAGCUAGGCGAGCACCCCGGGCACCAUCACCACCACCACCACCAGCACCCCGGGCAUCACCCGCCGCACCACGGCGGCGUUAACAGCCACGACCCGCACUCGGAUGAGGACACGCCGACCUCCGACGACCUGGAGCAGUUCGCCAAGCAGUUCAAACAGCGGCGGAUUAAGCUGGGCUUCACCCAGGCCGACGUGGGGCUGGCGCUGGGCACCCUCUACGGCAACGUCUUCUCGCAGACCACCAUCUGCCGUUUCGAGGCCCUGCAGCUCAGCUUCAAGAACAUGUGCAAGCUGAAGCCUUUGUUGAACAAGUGGCUGGAGGAAGCCGACUCCUCCACGGGCAGCCCCACCAGCAUCGACAAGAUCGCCGCCCAGGGCAGGAAGAGGAAGAAGCGGACCUCCAUCGAGGUGAGUGUCAAGGGGGCCUUGGAGAGCCACUUUCUGAAAUGCCCCAAGCCCUCCGCCCAGGAGAUUACGAACCUAGCGGACAGCCUGCAGCUGGAAAAGGAGGUGGUCAGGGUUUGGUUUUGCAAUCGGAGGCAGAAAGAGAAACGGAUGACCCCCCCGGGGAUCCAGCAGCAGACCCCCGACGAUGUCUACUCCCAGGUCGGCACCGUCAACUCCGACACGCCGCCCCCUCACCACGGACUGCAGACCAGCGUGCAGUGAGGGGCACCGCGGGCGGGCCGGGGGCUGCGACGGGCAACGCGGGCCUGGCCGGGCCGGGCACCGCCGCCGGGCAUCGCCACCACCACCGGCAGCGCCGCGCACAUCCGCACGCUCACACAGACACACUCACACGCACGCACACAUACACACACACGAUCCAGGCUCGUUCAGACUGCUUGUGUUUAUAUAUAUAUGGAUAUAUGCGUGCAUCUAUAUAUAUAUAAGAUCGAUACCAAUAGGGAGCGGUGGAGAAGGUCGAUCCGAGCGACAGGAGCGGAGCAUUUAGACCGCGUUGGGGAAAUGGGGUGGAGAUGCGUAAUGCACCAAAACUGCAGAUGUGCCGGGAGGUUGGUUGUGGGGUGAAGGCUUAGGUGGGUGGGCUUGGGCUUUUUUUUUUUCUUUUUUAUUGUUCACUCUCCAAAUUACCUUCCUCUCACAGUGAGGAACACCACUGAUGUCUGCACCUUUUCUCUCUCCUUCUCCCCACACUCUUCUCUCUAUCCCCAAAAGGGCUCUCUUCUAUGAAUCAUGGAAACUUUUUUCUUCUUUCUCUCUCCCUCUUUUUUUUUUUUUUUUCAAUGGGAGCAAUAAAAAAAAAAAAUUAAAAAGGAAGCAGAAACAAAGUAGUCAGAGGGUGCCUGCUAUGUGCCAGCACCCUGUUUUUCUUGGCCAAACCAUAGACUACUGGUGCAAGUGAGACAUCCACUCUGAAAACAUACAUGUCUAUAUAUCUAUAUAUUCUGCAAAAUGAAAGGGGCCACUUUUUCCAGGAAAAAAAAAAUUAUAAAUAAAAUAUGCACACAGCACUAAAACCAAGCAGACUGCAUAGGGAAGCAAAUACAUAUAUAUAUAUUUAUCUAUAUAUAUAGGUAUAGCUAUAGAACAAAAAUAUGGAAAUAAAUGCCCGCACACCGAAAAAAUUACCCUGAGGAGAAAGGGGGA